UUGCUUCGUAGAGCUUGUUCGCUAGUGGUUUGCAAUAAUAUGCCAAAUAUUUGGCAAUAAAGUGACGAUGUCAAAAACUGCCAAAUUAUUAUCACACACUACACAAUAAUAUAUAUUUUUUUUUUUAAAUAAUUGUUUAUUAUAAUCGCUUAGUGUAAAAAUGUCUUCUAAAGCUGAGAAAGAUAAACAGAAACAAAUACAGGAUAGAUGUCUGUCGUUGCUGAACCAAAUGUUGAAAGAUGACGAUAACAAGUACUGUGUGGAUUGUGAUUCAAAAGGACCAAGAUGGGCUUCGUGGAAUUUGGGAAUAUUCCUGUGCAUAAGAUGUGCUGGCAUCCACCGUAAUCUCGGUGUACACAUCAGCAAAGUUCGGUCUGUGAAUUUGGAUUCUUGGACUCCCGAACAAGUGGUGAAUUUGCAACAAAUGGGAAAUAGUCGAGCCAGAGCUGUUUACGAAGCAAAUCUACCUGAUAAUUUUAGACGUCCGCAAACUGAUUCUGCAUUAGAGGCAUUCAUUCGUUCGAAGUACGAACACAAAAAGUACAUUGCCAAAGAAUGGGUGCAGCCUCCAUUGCCUAAAGUAAAUUGGGAUAAGGAUUUAGAAGAAGAAGCUGAAAAACAGAAGAAAAAAAAGCGAGAACCAAAACCUGGGUCAAUUAUGCGCAAUGUGCCUUCAAUUGUGCCAAAUCCAUUACCAAAACCUAUUUCUUUAAGCCCAAAAUUAUCAUCAAACAAGAAACCGAUUUCAUCUAAUUCAAAUCAUUCCACCGAUCUUCUCGGUUUGGAUACUCCCACAAAAGACUCCAACCCUACAUUGAUAGAUACGUCCUUCACAUCCUCCAGUUCAGAUUCAACAGACCCGUUCAGUAGUUUCUUAAGUGCAUCUGUUUCUUCUACUACAACYGCUUCUCCCCAAAUUCAACAAACUAUUGAUCCAAUGAUAGGUCGUUCCACUGAAGAGGAGAACUUUUUCAACCAACCAACGACUUCAAAAAAUAAACUCACUACUGACUCUAUUUUGGCAUUAUACGGAAAAACAUCAUCCCCAAAUAACAUAGCUACAAGCCAGUAUACAAGUCAAAAUAACGGUUUUGUUCCUCCUCAGUCACAACAACCAUUUUUGAACACUUUCAAUCAAAAUGGAUUCCAAAAUAUGCAAUCCAUCAAUAAUCUUGGGAAUAAUUCUAUCAAUUUGCUAUCAAAGAACUCUAUUGAUUUUAACAAUCUUCAGUCCUCAACAAAUUCUAGUUUUGCGUCUAAUCCAUUUUACAGUAUGGCUGCAAAAAAUGCACCAACUCAAUUUAUUAACAAUGAGAGUUCUGCAGUGAAAAAUAAUCAGUUUUCAGCAUUUGAAUCUUCAAAUAAUUUAGUUCAUUUGCCUCAACAGAUGACCAUGCUGAAUUUGGGGAAUCAAACAACAGCUCCAUCAAGUGUCAGUGUCAACGGCUUUACAGACCUUUCUAAUGGAUUUACAGACCUUUCUAAUGGCUUUGCAGACCUCUCCAAUGGCUUUACAGACCUUACAAAACCAUCACAAACUGGCCAAACGCUUUCACCUAAUUUAUGGCAGUAGUUACAGCUUGUUGAUUGUUCAUAAUGGUUUUGUUAUUCAAACAUUUUAAAUUUAAUACAAGUUGAAUUAAACUAGAUUUUUAUUGGAAAAAUGUAUUUUUAAUUGUAACUCGUAUUUUAUAAGACGGUAUAUUUACAUUUUUUUGCGUAUUUAUAACGCUCUGCUUUACCUAUAUACUCACGGAACCGUCCAAUAAACGGAGCUCGGCAUGUAAAUAAACGUUUCAAAGUAAACCAUACAUCUUAAAUGUCGAAAAUUAUCUAUUGCUUUAUUUAAAUAAACAAAUUUAUUAUUACUCUUUAAUGAUAAUUGAUUGGUUUACAAGUGAAUAAAAUUGUAUUUCAAUGAAUUGCAAUAUAAUUGAACACUUAUGUGAAAUAUUCAUAAAAUUAUCAUAUUAUUGAGAAUUUCUUAUGCUGUGUUUCAACGACAAAGACAAAUAUUUAUUAUAAUUAUGUUCACA